AUGGAGACUUCUAGGUGCAUUGAGCCUGAAUGUGAAAAUAAGCCUGAUUUUGUGUGUCAAUGCACAGAGCCUGAAACUAGUAUUUGCCGACAUCACAUUGCAGACCAUACAAGAGAUAAUCCAGAAGGCCACCCUUUUUCCGCAAUCACAGAAACUCUUUCAGCAAGUGUCCCAGUAAUUCUUGACUCCUUUGACUGGAAACUUAGCCUUCCUCUCAGCAAUAACUACGAAAUCUCAAAUCUGCCUGAAGCUGAGCUAAAAAUCAAGCUUUCAGACGAAAGUAAUUGCUCUUUCUCUUACACUCGAGAUCAAUUGCACGAAUUCUUCAUGAACUUAGAAAUCAUACAGUCCCAAAUUGACAGCUUAAUCUAA